GACCUUUUCAGACAGUCAGUCAGUGCAGCCUGCGGUGUGAGUGCAGCCUCCAAACACGCUCCUGUGUAAAGACGCGCUUCAUCCCGCACACAAACUCCAAGUUUCUCACGUUUGCCUGCAGCAAAUACUGUGCGCACCAUCAUGUCGCUGCCGCAGCAGUUACGAUACGAAAGUGACUUUGAUCAGCUGCCUCAUAACAUCCCUAUCAGUGCCACCAUUGCUGAUACUGAGGAGAAAAAAGGCUUCAUUGACUACUUUAGGUUUGUGAUUGAGGUGAAAACUAAAGGAGGGAGUAAGUAUCUCAUCUACAGGAGGUACAGGGAAUUUUUUAACCUCCACCAGAUCCUUGAGUCCAGAUACUCUUCUGAAAACCCAGAGAAACCUAGUCCCAACACCUGCGUCCUGCCUACUCUUCCAGGAAAAGUCUUCAUCGGCAACAAGCAGGAGAUUGCAGAGAGCAGAAUCCCUGAGUUGAACACGUACAUGAAGAGGUUGUUGGGUCUGCCAACAUGGUUGUUGCUCGAUGAAGCUCUCAGGAUGUUUUUCUACCAGACGGACCAGGACAGCCAGCAUCAACCACGCGCUCUUCGACGUCUCCGCCCACCUACCCGCAAAGUGAAGACAGUCAAACCAAAGAUGGACCUCUUCUCCUCCCCCAGGGCCGAGGCGAUGUUUGACUUUCGCGGCAACAGCGAGGCGGAGUUGAACCUGAAGAGGGGAGAGGUGAUCUUCCUGCUGCAACGAGUUAACGCCGACUGGCUGGAGGGCACAGUGAACAAUCAGACAGGUAUUUUCCCGCAAUCCUUUGUGAAGAUCAUUAAGCCCCUCCCAGAGACAGAAACAGAACGUGAGGGUGAAGGCCCCACCUACAGCUGCCUGCGCUGCUUCCUGCUCACCCCCUCUGGAGUCGACACCAGGGAUGUGUGUGUACAAGAGGCCCUCACUAUCCAGCCGACGUACAAGGAACUGCUGUCUCGUAUGAGAAACGUCUUCAAGAUGGACGACAUCGCCCUGAACUACCGCGAUCCCGAGGGCGACCUCAUCCGUAUCCUUGACGACGAGGACAUCCAGCUGAUGAUCAAGGAGGGCAGAGGUCAGCAGGGAAAAGUCAAGAGACCGGUCAAUCAGUUUCCAUGGGAACUGCACGUGACCUUGGUCUCUGACUUUUCUGUUUACAACACUGAGGCCUGAGAGAUUAGAAAUCAAGAGAACUGGACAAGAUACUUGUAUCCUUAAAUCAAAACAAUGAACUUUACCAAGUGAAUAUUGUUGCUGAUUUUGGCUGUAUGUGUUGUUUUUUUACCCUAUUCAUUCAUUCACAGUCUCAUUUGUGUUAAAAAUAUCACUGCUGUGUCACAAAUUUCAAUUAGCAAUAAACUAAUUUAAUAACAUUUCUACA